CAAGGCGAAAUGGGGCGUAGCUUUAACGUUAGCUAGUGACCGGUGGCGUGCUGCGGUGGUUCUACUCCGUCCCUGUGCAGUGGAGUUUGUGGUUUCCUACACAUUUUAAUUGAAAGACCACUUUGUUUCACACGUGGAGAUGGCGUCUAAUGAUUAUUCCCAAAAUACAGCCCAGGGUUAUGGGGCAUACGGGGGCCAAGCCAGUCAGGGCUACAGCCAGCCUGCAUCCCAGAGCUACAAUCAGCAGGGGUAUGGUGGAUAUAGCCAGAGCACAGAAAGCAACACUGCGUCCUACAACCAAGGAGGUUACGGAUCCAGCUAUGGACAGUCCCAGUCAGGUGGAUAUGGAUCCCAGCCUCCCUCCCAGGGUUACAAUCAGUCCAGCCAAUCAUACAGCUCUGGGGGUUAUAACAGUAGCCAGCCACCUCAGAGCAGCUACAACCAGCAGUCAUCCUACCCAGGGUAUGGGCAGCAGCCUUCAACUGCUACUUCCACUACCAGUUAUGGCAGCAGUUCCCAGACAUCCAGUUAUGGGCAACCCCAGAGUGGAGGAAGCUAUGGGGGACAGACAGGGGGUUAUGGAGGCAGCAGUGGUCAGCAGCAACAGUCCCAGCAUGGAGGUGGACACUAUAACCAAGCACCCAGCUACAACUCUCCCCCUCCCCAAAACUAUGGCCAGCAGAGUCAAUAUGGACAAGGUGGUGGGUAUGGACAAGAUGCCCCUCCAAUGGGUAGUGGAGGCGGCGGAUAUGGUGGCCAGGAUGGCGGUUAUGGCGGUCAGGAUGGUCGUGGUGGUCGUGGCCGUGGAGGCGGGGGAUUUGGCGGCAGAGGUGCAGGUGGCUUUGACAGGGGAGGCCGUGGGGGUCCUCGAGGCCGAGGAGGCAUGGGAAUGGGCGAUCGAGGAGGAUUCAAUAAGUUUGGUGGACCCAGAGAUCAAGGACUUGGGGGACCCAGUUCCAUGCAGGAGCAGGAUAACUCUGACAACAACACCAUCUUUGUGCAGGGACUUGGAGACAGCUAUACUGUGGAGUCUGUAGCUGACUUCUUUAAACAGAUUGGCAUCAUCAAGAUCAAUAAGAAGACGGGCCUGCCCAUGAUAAAUCUUUACACGGACAGAGAGACUGGAAAACUCAAAGGAGAGGCCACAGUUUCUUUUGAUGAUCCUCCUUCUGCUAAAGCUGCCAUUGACUGGUUUGAUGGCAAGGAUUUCAAUGGCAACCCCAUCAAGGUGUCAUUCGCCACACGCAGGGCAGACUUUGGUCGUGGGGGUGGUGGCAUGAGGGGAGGGCGUGGUCGUGGAGGGCCAAUGGGCCGCGGUGGUUUUGGGGGCGGCAGAGGCGGCGGGUACCCCGGUAACAAUGGAGGAGGUGGGAGCCAGCAGAGGGCUGGGGACUGGAAGUGCUCAAACCCAGUAUGUGGAAAUCUGAACUUCUCAUGGCGGAAUGAAUGUAACCAGUGCAAAGCCCCCAAACCCGAGGGGGCAGGCGGAAUGGCACCCAUGGGGGGAGGUUAUGGAGGAGACAGGGGAAGGGGUGGCUUUGACCGGGGUGGAUUCCGAGGCCGGGGCGGAGACAGGGGAGGCUUCCGGGGAGGCCGUGGGGGCGACCGGGGUGGAUAUGGCCCUGGCAAAAUGGACGGAAGGGGGGAGCACAGACAAGAUCGCCGGGACCGGCCCUACUGAGUUACACUGCUUUUAACCGGGACCAGUAUUUAUCUUUCCAUCCCUUGUGCCCCACCUUUAUACGCGUUGUUCUUAAGUUGUCACUAGGCUCUUUUGUUGUCAGUGUGGAGAAAUGCGGUUCUUUUCUGUUUCCCCUCCCCCUGUAUCGCAGCAUAACUUUUGUUAACUCGCUAUAUUUUGAAGCACUC